UUAAUUGUCAUCUCUCUCUCUCUCUCUCACACACACACACACAAAGGGAGAGGGAGGGCGAGAGAGAGAGAGAGAGAAUGGGUUGGACAUGGAAGAAAGAACACUUGGAUGUAAUCCUAGUCCCAAGUGGGUUACUGAUCAUGUUUGGCUACCAUCUCUACCUUCUCUACAGAUACCUCAAACUCCCCCACACCACAGCCAUGGGCCAUGAGAACAACAGCAGAGCAGCUUGGGUUGAGAGAACCAUGCAGAUCGACGUGAGGGACAGAGGCCAAGCUCUAACAGUGAUAACCACCAACAUCUCAACGGCAACAACACUGUCCUCCAUCUCUCUAGUCCUAAGUUCACUAAUCGGAACAUGGCUCGGAACCUCCACAAAAACCAUCUUCACAACCCACCUCAUUUACGGCGACACAAGCCAAUCCAUCAUGUCGAUCAAACACAUCACUCUUCUCAUCUUCUUCCUCAUCGCCUUCGCUUCCUUCAUCCAAACAACGCGCUGCUUCGUCCACGCAACCUUCCUGCUCACAAUGCCUGACGCCGAAGUUCCCGCGAGCUACGUGGAGAAGGCGGUGAUCAUGGGAAGCAAUUUCUGGUCGACUGGAAUGAGAGCUCUCUACUUUGCGGUGACGCUGUUGCUGUGGGUUUUCGGCCCGAUUCCGAUGUUUGUGAGCUCGGUGGUGAUGGUGGGGGUUUUGCAUAAUUUGGAUUCCGAUUCGGCUCCUUUGCAUCAGUUUCGGCCUGUCCCCAGUCGGAGUGUGUUGAAGAAUGUUGGGGAGGAAAUGGUGGCUGUGGGGAGAGCUGUUCAACAGCUUGGGAGACCCCAUGGGAAUUGAGCUACCUACGGUAGUAUACCACCACCAGAAGAGAAAAGGGCAAUUUUCUACCAUUCUUUUCAUCGCAUGAGAUUUUUUGUCUUCAAAAUCUCUUUCUUCUCGCAUCUUUAUUCACUCUUAAUUGUAAAAUAAUGUUAUGAGAAUCCCGAAAAUAAUUUUGAUAUACAAUUGUACCGUUUGAAAUUUUCUAUCUUCAAAAUCUCUCUGUUUUCGUGUCGUUA